AACGAUUGGGUUCCGUCUAGUUGCUGAAAGGCGCAACGUUAGUUCCACCCCAGAUGUAACAUUAACAACACGUUAACGUGCGUUUUGACUACAAGAAAUGGUGAAAAACGUCUAGAACGUAAUGAGAGAGGAUCGCCUUUUGCCUAAUAUUACAUUUAACGCAAAAUGUGCCUUUUCGUAGACACACCCCUAACAGUAAUAUGUUACUUGUACGAUGGUCUACGCUUAGGUUAGUGAUGCAAAAUGUUGCAAAGAAAAAGUGAGCUGUAAUGCCUUUGUCUGGAAACUACUUUUUCUUGGGCAACGUUAGUUGUGCAAAUGCUGUUCAGCGCCCUUUUCCAUUCAAAUUACGCUUUCUGUGAGUCCAGUUGACGUUACAGUGUUGCGUGAACGUUACAGACUUUAGCGUUGCCGUGGUGAUUCACAUCCGUUAGUUAACGUUAAAAAGAGCAAACUGAAGAAGAAGAACAUUCAGUAACGUGGCACGCUUUCGCUCACGUUACGUGUUUUUAGCCGGUGGCCAGGCUCCGGUAGUGUUACAACGGUCCUUAUUUAGCAGACGUACUAGCAACGUUAGUUAAACGUAGUUAUUAGUGUUAGUGUUGUUUGAAUGGGCUUUCCCGUUAAUUAGCGAGUUCGGUUGCUGCGUCUAAUUCACACCUCCGCCUCCAACAUACACGUUGUGGGGAUUAAAGUAAAUAUCAGUGUCAGUUCGUGACAUCAAUCCGUUUCCCACCGAGCAGAGAGCUCGUUUAGCUGCGUCUGUUCGGUGAUAACGCAGCAUAUUUGUUAGACUAAGAUCAUUUAUCUAUUUGCAUGUUAACUGAAUAUGUCGUUCGCGUGAGACGUGAACCUUUAUUUUCUGUUCUCCCCGUCACUGCAAGGGUUAUUAACCGUCCGACUCUGACGUUAACGUUGCUAAAACAAUUGUGUCACAGGUGGAGGCCAUUCAUUUGUACUGGUAUUUUGGUUUGGAACAGCGACUCAUGUGCUUCAAUCGUCACGCAGAUUGGCAGCGUUAACGCGUUUAAUGGGAUCCCUUUGGAAAUAACGACAUUCGAUUUCAAAUCAUGCCAUCUAAAACUGCAAAGAGCUCAACCGCCAAGCCAAGAGGGAAAGGGUCGCAGCCUCGGGAUGACUCCGGAGACGAGCUGGAUGUAGCCCCUCAAGAAACCAACUCCAAUGGCCAAGAGGAGGCACCGCCGACAACUGAUGAUUUUGUUAUCGUCGAGUGUACUUCUUCCCCGGAUCUUCUCAGCAAACGAGAUCCGUCUCACGGGGAAGCUGCAGAGGCGGUUGAUAAUCGAAGUUUGGAGGAGAUUCUCGGUAGCAUCCCUCCACCCCCGCCCCCAGCAAUGACCAAUGAACCAGGCGCUCCUCGCCUGAUGAUAACACAUUUAGUUAAUCGCAAUUUUAAAUCGUAUGCAGGCGAGCAGAUUCUGGGGCCUUUCCACAAGCGCUUUUCGUGCAUCAUUGGUCCAAAUGGGAGUGGGAAGUCCAAUGUGAUAGAUUCAAUGCUCUUUGUGUUUGGAUACAGAGCUCAAAAGAUCAGAUCAAAAAAGCUCUCAGUGCUGAUUCACAGCUCUGAUAAACAUAAGGAUGUGCAAAGCUGUACUGUGGAGGUGCAUUUUCAAAAGAUUAUUGAUAAGGAAGGAGAUGACUACGAAGUCGUUCCAAACAGCAAGUUCUAUGUUUCCAGGACUGCAAAUAAAGACAAUUCUGCAGCCUACUACAUCAAUGGCAAAAAAGCCACAUUCAAAGAAGUGGGGGCUUUACUUCGAAGCCAUGGCAUUGACCUAGACCACAACAGAUUUCUGAUCUUACAGGGCGAGGUAGAGCAGAUUGCCAUGAUGAAGCCUAAAGGUCAGACGGAGCAUGACGAGGGCAUGCUGGAGUACCUGGAGGACAUUAUCGGUUCCUGCCGCCUCAAGGAGCCGAUCCUAACCCUGGCGCGCCGCAUUGAGCUACUCAAUGAGCAGAGGGGCGAGAAGCUAAACCGAGUAAAGCUUGUGGAAAAGGAGAAGAAUGCUUUGGAGGGUGAAAGGAACAAAGCUGUGGAGUUUCUCACCCUGGAAAAUGACAUCUUCAAACACAAGAGUCAGCUCUGCCAAUAUUAUGUUCAGGAUCUGCAGAAGCGUGUUGUAGAUAAAGAGCAAGAGAAGCAGAAGAUCUUGGAGGACACCAAGGAACUUACUGAGAAAACUACGAAGAUAUCACAAGAGACAGAGAAAAUGAACCAAGAGAUCAAAAAUGUGGAGAAGAAACAAAAUAAGCUCAACAAGUACAUUGAGACCCAGAAGGAGAAGUUCACCCAGCUGGACCUGCAGGACGUUGAAGUGCGUGAGAAGAUUAAGCACUCCAAGAGCAAGAGCAAGAAACUGCAGAAGCAGCUGGAAAAGGACAAAGAAAAGCUGGAGGAAGUGCGCGGUGUUCCAGCCAGCAGUGAAAAGGCCAUCUCUGAGGCAACAGCUUGCAAGGAAGAGCUGGAGAAGCAGAAGGUGAAAGAAGAGAAAAAGCUUGAGGAGGUGAUGGAGAGUCUCAAAGAAGAAACCAGUGGUUUGCAACAGGACAAAGAGACCAAAGAGAAAGAGCUGAUGGAGCUCAGCAAGGCUGUGAAUGAGACCCGGUCUCGUAUGGACCUGGCUCAGUCGGAGCUUGACAUCUACCUUAGCCGCCACAACACAGCUCUGACGCAGCUCAACACGGCCAAGCAGACACUUCAGACAACGUCUGACACGCUGCGUGAGCGUCGUGCGGCCAUCAAAGACUUGGAAGUCAAAAUACCCCAGAAUGAACAGGGGCUCAAAAAGGAUGAAGGAGCACUGGAGCAGCUGAUGAAGACGGACAAUGAGACUCGGGAAGUGGUGAGGGAAAUGAGGCAGAAGGUGGAUGAAGCCAAAAGCUCUCGGUCCUCCAACCGCAGUCGAGGAAGGGUCCUGGAUGCCCUCAUGCAGCAGAAGACGAGUGGCAGAAUCCCUGGCAUCUUUGGAAGAUUGGGAGACCUUGGAGCCAUUGAUGAGAAGUACGAUGUGGCCAUUUCCUCUAGUUGUGGCGCCCUGGACAACAUCGUAGUGGAUACCAUUGACACAGCCCAGAAAUGUGUCAUGUUCCUCAAAGAGCAAAACAUUGGGUUCGCCACCUUCAUUGGUCUUGACAAGAUGAAGGUGUGGGAGAGAAACAUGGCUCCCAUUAGCACUCCAGAGAACAGCCCUCGUCUCUUUGACAUGGUGCGUGUGAAAGAUGAGAGUGUGCGACCAGCUUUCUACUUUGCCCUAAGGGACACUCUGGUUGCCCAGGACAUGGAGCAGGCCACAAGGAUGGCCUUCCAAAAAGACAAGCGCUGGAGAGUGGUCACCCUGAAGGGACAGAUAAUUGAGAUGGCUGGAACCAUGACCGGAGGAGGAAGAGCACUGAAGGGCAGAAUGGGCUCCUCGAUUGGUACCGAAGUCUCCCAGGAGGAGCUCGACUGUUUGGAGAGCAAGCUGAAUGAGAAAGUGUCAAAGCUGCAGGACUGCCAAGAGAAAAAGUUGCAGCUAGAAGAGAAUGUCCAGCGCCUGCGGCCACAGCUCCGGGAUAUGAAAAACACCUUGGAAAAAUACGCCAACAGCAUGACUAGUCUCGCUGAUCAGGAGGCUCACUUGAAACUUCAGAUCAAGGAACUUGAGGCCAAUGUGCUGGCUGCUGCCCCAGACAAGGCCAAACAGAAACAGAAGGAAAAGAGCCUGGAUGCCUUCAAGAAAGACUAUGACGCAGCCUCCAGUCGGGCUGGCAAGGUGGAGAAUGAGGUCAAACGGCUCCACAACCUGAUUGUAGACAUCAAUAGCCACAAGCUAAAGGCUCAGCAGGACAAGCUAGAUAAGGUCAACAAGGAGCUAGAUGACUGCUCCUCCACUAUAACCAAGGCCAAAGUAGCCAUAAAGACGGCUGACCGCAACCUGAAGAAGUGUGAGGAGAGCGUGAGUCGUGUGCAGAAGGAGCAGGAGGAGAAUGAGAAAUCAAUGGUGGAGCUCACUGAACAACUGAAGAAACUGGAAGAUGAGGCCGGGGAGGUCAUGAAGGCCUGUCAGGAGGCUGAGGCCGCACUUCCUGAGGUGCAGGAGCAGUAUCGGGAGGUGUUGAAGGAGAUAAAGGUCCUGCGGCAGCAAGAGCACGCCAUGCAGGAGGAGUCCCUCAGCGUCCGGCUGCGCAUUGAACAGAUCGAGACCACCCUCUCUGAACACAACAACAAAAUCAAACACUGGCAGAAAGAGGCCACCAAGCUGUCCCUUCAUACCAUUGAGGGAGAGCCAGUCGAGGAACUUCCUGUACUUACAUCUGCUGAACUUGAAGAAAUCUCCAAUCCCAACAUCAUCAUCAACAAGAUGAUCACUUUGGAGACCAAGAGUUCCCAGAUGAAGCCCAACCUCGGGGCCAUUGCUGAGUACAAGAAGAAGGAGGAGCUGUACCUGCAGCGGGUGGCUCAGCUGGACGAGAUCACUACAGAGAGGGACCAGUUCAAACGUGGCUACGAGGACCUGCGCAAGCAGCGCCUCAACGAGUUCAUGACCGGAUUCAACAUGAUCACAAACAAGCUGAAGGAAAACUACCAGAUGCUCACACUGGGUGGCGAUGCAGAGCUGGAGCUUGUGGACAGUUUAGACCCCUUCUCCGAGGGAAUCAUGUUCAGUGUGCGUCCUCCAAAGAAGAGCUGGAAAAAGAUCUUUAACCUGUCGGGAGGGGAAAAGACCCUGAGCUCCUUGGCCUUGGUGUUUGCUCUGCACCACUACAAACCCACCCCGCUCUACUUCAUGGAUGAGAUCGAUGCUGCCCUCGACUUCAAGAACGUCUCCAUUGUGGCCUGUUACAUUUAUGAGCAAACAAAGAACGCUCAGUUCAUCAUCAUUUCUCUGAGGAACAACAUGUUUGAGAUCGCUGAUCGUCUCAUUGGCAUCUACAAGACUCACAACACCACCAAGAGCGUGGGAAUCAACCCCAAGACCAUCGUGUUCAAAGAGCACGGUGCCGUCACUGCUUAAACCUCUUCUUUUCACACAUGUAAAUAUUAGUUCUCUCUUCUUCUUGUCCUUUUAUAUUGAAAUGCUGCUAUUCUUUAUAAACAUCUGUACUUUUUACUAUCUGAACCAAUAAAUAUUUUCUGGCUAGA